GCCUGCGCGAGUCUCACCGCUGUUCUCUCCCAAACAGCAGCAGUGCCGCGAGCACGGCGACCCUGUCGGUCUUCUGCGUCACCGCCGCCGACCCGCUCAGCCCCGCCGCGGAGCUCCGCCGCUCGGAUCGGGCAGAGAAAACAGCGUCAGCAGCGCCUGAACAGCGCGGCGCUCGGACCGCGGAGCCGCGGCUGCUCGAGACGCGCCGCUUCGGACUUCGUUUGGCGGGGAAAAGAGAAGCGAAGCAGCCGCUCGCGCCGCUUCCCGGCCAGUCGAACCUAAGUCUGAGUUGUUUCUGCUCGUUUUCCCGCGGUUCCGCAGAUCAGACGGUAACCGGACCGAACAAACUCGGUCCGGCCGUCUUUUGACCCACGAGCGAACUUUAUCCUCUUCUGCGCGCCCUCGGGAUCCGGUCUCUCGGGAGCGCGCGCCCCUCGCUCGCUCGCUCCAGCAGACGGGAGCGCGCCGCGGUCAGCCACCAUGUCCGGGGAGGAGGUGCUGAUCCCGGACGACAGGGCCUUCAGCAGCUUCAAGAGCGAGUGCUGCUCGGACGAGGGCUGGAGCCUCACCUACAACAAGGCGGGCAUCACCGUCUGGAUCCAGAUCCUGGAAGAAGAGAAGUCCCUGCAUAAGAUUAAGUGUCGGAUGGUUUGCAAGGAUGUUUCUUCGGAAACCAUGUACGACGUCCUCCACGACAUCGACUACCGGAGGAAAUGGGACUCGAACGUGAUUGAGACUUUCGACAUCGGCAAAUUGACAGUCAACGCAGAUGUCGGCUACUACUCCUGGAAGUGCCCGAAACCCCUGAAGAAUCGCGACGUCAUCACUCUGCGUUCCUGGCUGCCCAUGGGCAAAGACUACAUCAUCAUGAACUACUCCGUCAAGCACCCAAAAUACCCUCCUAAGAAGGACAUGGUGCGGGCGGUUUCCAUUCAGACGGGUUACCUUAUCCAGAGUAACAGCCCUUCAAGCUGUACCUUAACUUACCUGGCGCAGGUGGAUCCCAGAGGUUCUCUACCCAAGUGGGUUGUGAAUAAGUCUUCCCAGUUUCUGGCUCCUAAAGCGAUGAAGCGGAUUUGUAAGGCGUGUGUGAAGUACGCCGAGUGGAAGCAGAGGCAUAACCCCGGUUUCAAGCCGUGGCUUUACCCCGAGCAGAACCCGCUGUCCAACAUCCCUCUGACUGAACUGUCCAUCCAGCACGCGGACUCGCUGGAGAACAUCGACGAGAGCUCUCUGAGCGAGGGCAAGGACGAGCGCGCCGAGCACAGUGACGACGACGGGCCCCACUGACGCUCACGCAGCCACACAGGGGCCAGAGCAGCGGAGCAACACGACACGCUGUAAAGGGUCCUAGUGUAAAACUGUCCACACGCAAAAUGACCCAACCCCAAAAGUCACACUCUCUCUAAGGCUCUCCAACCUGUAGAUACAGUCGUGUGCAAAAGUUUGGACAAAUGACUUUUCAAAGAUAGAACUCAGAUAUGGCCUUGUUUUUAUAGCAGAUGGAAUUUCUACACUAAGAUGAGUAAAUUCACAGAAAAUGCCAUGUCCCCAAAGCAGAAUUCGGCCAGAGACGUUUCAGUUUUUGCAUACGACUGUACAUACAGUACUCCUGCAAACGUUUAGGCACCUGAGGCGAUCAUAUUUCAUUGUUUAUCUGUUCAAUAUUUAUUCACACAACAUAGAUGGUGCUUGGUGAUUUGACUUACUGUGUUCAUUCAAACAUUUCCAGACCGUUCUGUGAGAAAGCUCGGUGUUACUAGUAGAUCAAUAUCAAUACUUCAUUAAAUUUAGUCCGAUGUGCUGGUGGUGAAGAAAUCUUUACAAUGACUGAAUCUUUUUGUAAACAAGAAACUCGUCUGACUGUUUUACUGCAUUAAUGUUUCUUUACAUUUCUUCUGAUGUUUUUGGUAUUUUUCUCGCAAAAUCACAUUCAGUGCUUUGAUAAAUGGUUUCAUACAGUUUGAUUGGGUGCCUAAGACUUUUGCACAGUACUGUGUUUAUAUACAUACAUUGAGUUGCCACUUUAUUAGCUACAUACGCUCAUUAGUACACCUACAAACAACUACAGCCCCCCCCCCCCCCCCCAAAAUCACUGGUCAGUUUCUGAUCGUAGGAGUGUAUUGGGCAGUGUCCACUUUAUUGGAAACCCCUCCCUUGAAGCUGAUAAGUCCAUUAUGUACAUGCAAUGAAAGACUGUAGCUCAUUUGUUGAAGCACAGUUUGUUUUUGUCAUCCUCUGGCCUUUCAUCAGUGGUCAGUGUCUGACCACAGAGCUGCUCUUGGCUGGAUAUUUUUGGGCAGUGGUUUGCUCUCCAGCUAGCAGUGACAUCACUGUGUAUGAGACGCUUGUACCAGCACCGUAAACACUACCGUGUCUCGGCCACGUCUGCUGUGAUGAGAACGAUCCACCAAACCAAUGAUAUGUGUAAAAAUAUAACAGCGGUCAGAAAAUGACUAAUGGUGAAUGAGCUAACGGGGGGCUGCUGGACUGUUCAUCAUCAGGUGAGCUACAGUCUGUAUUUCUAAGACCGGUGGAGCUCAUAAAGUGAACGACGAGUGGAACACUAGAUAGGUGUUUCUGAUAAAGUGGCCACGCAGUGUAUGUGUAGUGUAUACAUGCACAUGACCGCUGCAGAGUUCCUAGCCCUUUUUUCAGAGGAAGUGCUCUUGAUUCUUUGUGCCCCCUUUAAAGUGUGUAGUGAUGUGCUGGAACGUCACGGUUCGGCGAAUGAGUGAAUGUAGUGCAAUUAGAAGUCAAGUAAAAAGAAACGGGAUCCAUGUCUGGAACUGUUGGCAGAA